UUAGCAAAAAUAAACCCGCUAGCUAUUUUAUUGUUUAUCCCAAAACAUAUUUUGUUUUUAGUUUUAAUUAUUAUCCAAGGCCACUUCGAGUAAGUUAUGUGUUUGUUAUUGGGUGCAACCGGCGUCGGAAAGACUCUGCUCCUGAAAAGACUGCAAAAGCUGUGUCAGAGGGGUGACCCUGAUGAUUUAGGAGAACCACCCGCUACUCUGCCCACAGUGGGCACCAACCUGAUCGAUCUGACCCUGAGGAAGAAGAGAGUGACUGUGAGAGAGUUAGGAGGCUGCAUGGGCCCCAUAUGGCCCAGCUACUUCAGCGGCUGCACGUCCGUUAUCUUCAUGAUCGACUCUGCCAACAUCACACAGAUUUCCUCCUCCUGCAUCCAGCUGCUGUGCGUUCUCUCAGCCGAGCCGCUACGGUCCACCUCUGUGCUUGUGCUGUUCAACAAGAGUGACCUAUCAUGCACUAUGUCGCUAGAGGAAAUGAAAUCGCUCUUCAGGAUGGAUGACAUCAUUGCCUCCGCUCCUCAAUCGAUCACGGUUUUGGAGCUCAGCGCUCGCUCUGGAAAGGGCCUUCAGGAAGUGCUCAACUGGCUCAACUCGAAACAACCUGACUGACAUACAGCGGACACACAGAAUCGAACUGUAUGUGAGGAUUCAGACAUGUGGGUUAAUAUCGCACCACGGUUAAAAGAGCUUAAAUGUUUCGUAAAUCGAGGUAAAAUGCAGUGGAGACGAUAAUCCGCUCAAUAUCAUCUGCAUUAUUUCACACUUUUUUGUGAUGACAUGACAAGAAUAAGGUGAAUUUCAGUUUCCCUAUCAAGCCUAAUGAUACUUGGAUAUGACCUCGCAGCAAACAGUCAGCUGAUGAAAUAGUUUGAGCCAGUUUUCCAGGAAUUUUUCACACUUGCCCUUUUGCACCAAAAAGCAGCAGGGUGUCCGCGGAUCCUGAAAAAGUCUGAUAUACAGUAUAUGGCGUUUAAGGCCUUAAAUAGCCUUAUAUUUUGCUAAUAUUUCAAAGUGUGGCGUUAAUUUUCAUAUGGGUGGCAUUAAAUUUCAUUGGGGCACAAAAAUGUGUUUGUACAUUUUUUUUUUCCGUGCUAACGUUGUUCAAACAGCGCACGUCAAUGUGUAACAAGAAGAUGGCAAAAAGGCCGCUCUGUACCUAAAAGUACAGGCGUCACACAACACUUAGGUGGGGUUUACAUUAGACCGUAUCAGCGGAUCAUCAGAUUAACGUUUUUAAAACGAUUAGUGUGCACACAGCAAUACCAAUACACGGAUACGCUCGGCUCCGCAGGCAUCCUGCGCUCCAAAUCACUCCGCCCUGAACAGUGAGUGCCCUCUGGAGAGUACGCACUCCGGCCCUGCGCAGCUCACAGAGCGCGCGCGAGUGAAGCACACGAGCAGUGAUUCGGGACUGAGCCGCUGUGUGUGUGAUCCCAGCGCAUAUCACUUACCACUUGCAAGUGGAAGGAUGGCAAGCCUAAAGACAAUCAUAACUACACAAUGGGCAGUAUUUGCAUCAGUAUUUGCAGUAUUUUCAUACUUUUAUACUCUUUAAUGAAAGGUGAUACAAGGCGGAAGUCCGCGCCGUUUUUCAGCAGUCGCGUCACAUGACCAACGCCAGCGAAUCAGGAAGGUGGAUGUCACAGUGACGUUGUCCAAUGACGACGCCAGCUAGAGCUCAGCACAGCGUAUCCGCGUAUUCUUAAUGUUUACACAGCACCGGAUCAGACACGAUCUGGAUUGAAUACGUGGACCCUGGCGGAUUCCCGUUUCCCGGCGUUUCCAGGCGUUUUAAUGUAAACGGACAGUGCAUCCGCGAAGAAAACGAGACAGAUACGGUCUAAUGUAAACUUGGCCUUAGGGGGCAGUGUUUUCCUUAUAGUGUUGUGGGAAAAGACGAAGAAGUGGUUUCUUUAGCGUGGCAGACAUGUAGGAUGGGGAAGCGUAAGUUUAGGGACAAGUGGCUUGAGGACCAGAAAUAUAGCGGUUGGUUGUCAAAAGCAACGUCCGAAAAUGAAGCUCGGUGUAAACUCUGCAAGAAAGACAUAAAGUUGGGAACAAUGGGCCUUGACGCUCACAUGAAAGGGGAAAAGGAUAAACGCUUUGGCGCCAGUCAGGUAACAACAGUUCCCACGCAGAUGUUUGCAGCACCGGUUGCAAACGUUAGCGCAAAGCCCACUUUCCCUUCGGUGCCUACUUCUCCCAGCACAAGUGCCUUCGGUGCUUUCGCCUCAACCGCUACACUUAAGGCUGAAAUACUGUGGGUUCUGCAAACGAUUGACCGACACCACUCCUACAAUUCGAACGAAGACGUGGGCACCGUCUUCAGGGCAAUGUUCCCUGAUUCUGAAUAUGCAAAAUCGUUUACUUGUGGGAAAGACAAGAUUCUGUUCGUAAACUGGAGAUGCACUGAUUAAAAUAUAAAUAUGCUUUGACCAUAAUAGCCUAGACAGGGGUGUUCAAAUUGAUCCAUAA